CCUUCUAGUUAAGUGGGUCUAACAAAAUAUCUACUAUUCAUGGUCAUGCUUAAAACAUUUUGGCUAAAUGCCAUAUAAAUGUGGAAUAGCACGCAAGCCAUUAAAGCAUUAGUGUAGUUGUUAUUUGGUUAUAGUCUUAGUAGUUUCCUAGCUAUCUAACCUACUCAAACUGUGCCUCUUCAUAACCACACAUUCUAAUGGAAUCGUCAUACUGUAAAGAUUGUAACAUUAGCACAGUGAUAGUAUUCGAUCGCGCAACUGGAGACACCAUAUGCUCAGAAUGCGGCCUUGUAUUGGAUAGUCAUUACAUUGAUGAGAAAGAUGAUUGGCGUACAUUCACCCCUUUAGCAUCAAAAGAUGAUAAUUAUGACCCUAUUUCUACAGCAAAAUCCCCAAAUAAUCUGAAAUCAAGGCAUAAUUCAACACCUGCUAUGAGAUUUGAUAAAAACAUAUUUGAUCACCACAACUCUUUUCGUGUCAAUAUACAGAAGUCUGUUGAUUUUUCUUCCCAUCAAGCCGACAAUGCAAUUCACUAUAUAGCUGAUAUGGCCGACAGGUUGGGCAUUGUGGAUAACAUAAAGCUUCAAGCAACAAAUUUAUACAUGAAAGCAAAUGAUCUUAAGAUAUUUAAUAUAAGGAAGAAACAUUCUCUUUGUGCUGCUUGCUUGUACAUAGCAUGCAGGCAAGCUAAUAAGGCUCGAACUAUAAAAGAGAUCUGCACCGUCACUGAUGGAGUUACAAAAAAAGAAGUUUCUCGAGCAAAAGAUUUACUAGUACACCAUAUUGAAGAGAAGAAAGGCGAAUGCAUGGAAAUCAGUAGUGUUCGUCCUAGGGAUCUCGUGCGACGUUUUUGUUCAACACUUGGAAUGUCAAACAAAGCAAUUCAAGCAGCAGAAGAAGCAGCAAAUCGAGUGCAGAGACUUGAUAUAAGAAGGAAUGCUAUAUCAAUAGCUGGAACUAUAAUAUAUUUAAUAUCUGAAUCGUCCAAGGAACCAUGUGACAAGGUUGCUAUUAAAGAUAUAUGCUCUGUGGCUGGAUUAACAGAAAUUACCAUUAGAUAUUGUCACAAGGAACUUUGUAAUUAUGCUCCAUGGCUCUUGGAAACAUACACAACACAACAUGCAAAGGAAAAAUAAGUAUAGACUCCAACAUGAUGUCAAAUAUCACAUUUCAUAUGAACUAUGUUCUAACAAAAAUAUAUUAUUAUUAUUUAACUGGUUGGACCAUCAAUAUAUACAAAAAUUGAAUAUGUACAUUGUUUAUUGAAA